AGACAGCCCCCUCCGCGGCUGCUCGCAGCCUCGUCCUGCAGGCUACUCCACUCGUCCACUCCGACAGGCAUGGUCACAUUCCCGCUUUGAGCUGGUGUCCUCCUUUUUGCAUGGACAUUUAAGCGUGAGCUUUUGUCACUGUGCCCUGGGUUCGAUGCGCGGGGGGUGGGGGCGCCAUGGCCAGCCCGAGCGAGCAGCAGCAGCAGCAACAGCAGGAUUAUUUCCGAUCGGCGAGCAGCGAGUCCACGACCUACAUGAUGGUUCCGACCGGGGGGGCCAGCGGCGGCGCGGGGCGGCGAGAAGCCCCGUCCAAGAUGUGGGUGGCCCUGGUGGUGGCGGUGGUGGUGGUCCUGCAGGUGGCCUCCACCACGGGGCUCUUCGUCUACCUGAACAUGUCCAUCUCGCAGGUGCGCAGUCAGGGGGUGACGGAGGAGCUCAAAUGUCUGAGUUUGCUCAACGCUCUGGACCAGGACAUCCCGGAGCAGCUGGCCCAGCUCCUUGGAGAACCUUGCAUCAAGCUAGCCGAAGGCAUCAAAGCCUACAUCUCCAAGGUGACUGAGAACAUCAUCUCCAAACAAACCUUUAUGGUGGCCAGAACCAUGCCUCGCUCUUUCAACAACUCGGGGUCAAAAUUCUUGAGCACAGUUGUCCAAAGGCCUUCGGCCCAUUUGACCCUGCGGGACACCAAUUUGCAAGGGUACCCUCAGACGGGACUCCACCAGUCCUGCCGCCACGUGGUGCGCUCGUGGGCCAAUAGGAGCUUGGGCGCUCACCUGCACAACAUGACCCUGAGCAACGGCAGGCUGCGGGUUCCCCAGGACGGCCGCUACUACCUGUACUCGCAGGUGUACUUCCGCUACCCGUCGCCCGCCAGCGGCGACGUGGACCAGCGCAGCGUCAGCCACCAGCUGGUACAGUGCGUCUACAAGAAGACCUCCUACCCGAGUCCCAUUCAGCUUCUGAAGGGGGUUGGCACCAAGUGCUGGGCGCCUGACGCUGAAUACGCCCUCCAUUCCGUCUACCAAGGGGGACUUUUUGAGCUGAGGGCCGGCGACGAAAUCUUUGUCUCCGUCUCGUCGCCGACUAUGCUUAACGCAGACGAGUCCUCCAGCUACUUCGGUGCCUUCAGACUGGACCUCUGAGCGCCGGUGUAAAUGGGAGGACCAUAGGCGAACCAGAGGAGGACCGAGGUCCGGAAGUUGACUUUUCCCGCUUUGCUUGGAAGGAUGCGCAGAACCGCUCGACAGGCGAGGAACUCGACGAGAGUGAAAAGGCGGGACAAAGUCCUGACAACUUCUUUGAGCCAGAGCAAACCACUAAGGGGGCUAAAAGACACAAGGCUGCUGAUGAACAUGUUUUAAUCCUCCGGGAAGAUUGUUUUUUUUUUU